GCUAAUGCACCGAUAAGGUGGAUGGCGGCCGCUGUAACACUAGAAGAAGAAGAAGAAGAAGAAGAAGAGGAAGCAGGAGAAAGAGGAGAAGAAGAAGAAGAGGAGCGGUCCGACCAUCAACAGCAGGAGAAGAAGAGGAGAGACCACAGACACUACAGACUACAGACACCACAGACACCACAGACACAGAGCAGCAGCGGGUUCUUUAUGAGCAGAACCCUCCGAGCAGAGAACCCGUGGAUCGACAGAGCGUAGAGUCAUGGAGUCCUACGACAUCUUAGCCAACCAGCCCGUUGUGAUCGAUAAUGGUUCAGGGGUUAUCAAAGCUGGUUUUGCAGGUGACCAGAUCCCCAAAUACUGCUUCCCUAACUAUGUGGGGCGUCCAAAGCAUGUGCGCGUGAUGGCAGGAGCCCUGGAGGGAGACCUCUUCAUCGGCCCCAAAGCAGAGGAGCACAGAGGCCUGCUGUCCGUCCGGUACCCCAUGGAGCACGGCAUCGUGAAGGACUGGAACGACAUGGAGAGGAUCUGGCAGUAUGUUUAUUCCAAAGAGCAGCUGCAGACUUUCUCUGAGGAGCAUCCUGUGCUGCUGACCGAAGCUCCUCUCAACCCCAGUAAGAACAGGGAGAAGGCUGCAGAGGUUUUCUUUGAGACCUUCAAUGUUCCUGCUCUCUUCAUCUCCAUGCAGGCUGUCCUCAGCUUGUACGCAACAGGUCGCACCACUGGUGUGGUGUUGGAUUCGGGCGACGGUGUGACUCACGUGGUUCCCAUCUACGAGGGCUUCGCCAUCCCUCACUCCAUCAUGAGGGUGGACAUCGCCGGCAGAGACGUGUCGCGGUAUCUCCGUCUGCUGCUGCGAAAGGAAGGAUACAACUUCAAUACGUCAGCGGAGUUCGAGGUGGUUCGCACUGUCAAAGAGCGAGCCUGUUAUCUGUCUCUCAACCCACAAAAGGACGAGACUUUAGAAACCGAGAAGGCCCAGUAUGUCCUGCCUGAUGGAAGCACUUUAAAAAUCGGCCCGGCCAGGUUCCGAGCUCCAGAGCUGCUGUUCAGACCCGACCUGAUCGGAGACGAAAGCUUGGGGAUCCACGAGGUCCUGGCCUACGCCAUCCAGAAGUCUGACAUGGACCUCCGACGCACACUGUUCAACACCAUCGUCCUGUGUGGGGGUUCCACCUUAAUCAAAGGGUUUGGGGAACGACUACUAACGGAAGUCAAGAAGCUCGCCCCCAAAGAUGUGAAGAUCAAGAUUUCUGCUCCCCAAGAGAGGCUCUACUCGACAUGGAUCGGCGGCUCCAUUCUGGCGUCGUUGGACACCUUUAAGAAGAUGUGGGUUUCGAAGCGGGAAUAUGAAGAAGACAGAGCACGUGCCAUCCACAGGAAGACCUUCUAGUAGGAUCCUCAAAUGUCCCCAUCAUACUGUGGCAGACACCGGUCAUCUCCGGGAUCUUCUGCAUCAUCCUUUAUCAACCGCUAAACCCCGUUAGCACCCCGCUACCCCCCACCCCACCCAGAGAAACACACUCAUUUACGUGUGCUAGUCAUUUGAUUUGCUCCUGUUCUUCCUGUAGGGUCACGUUCACUACAGAGGGCUGUCUCUCUGUGGACUCUUACUUUACUUCAUUAGUCCACUUUAAGUAUUUAAGCUCUGAAAGGCCUAAAACAUCAUGAAAUGUCAAUAAACCUGAAUGUUGUCUUUUUGUUUUUUUGCUACUAUUGAAAUUUCCAUUCCAGACCGAAGAUUUAGAUUUUUAUUUGAUAUCCAUUUUGUAGCCUUUUUUUCUUUUUUCUGGAUUAGUUGGUACAGAACUAAGGUUUGAAGUACUAUAGCAGUGCUGUGUGUGUGUUUAUUUAUAUAUAUAUAUAUAAAUAUAAACACACACACACUAUAGUACUGAAACAUCAAGGUAACCACUGUAUUACAUAUCUGGCCCAAACCAAGUUAAAGUUAACGCAGUUCAUUUCCUGUCAUUAUUACCAAUGAAAUGUUUUACAUAAACAUGACAUCACAUGUUUGUGUUGAGGAGGAAAAUGUUCAGUCAGCUUUUUGGAUUAAAUUAAAAUGUAGAAAAAGCCUUGCUUUUAUUUUAAGUUUCUCUUUAUCAGCAGCCAGGAUGCACAUAUGACUCUAAAGAAGUAAAGAAGCAGCACAAAGCUCUCUGAAUCGACCCAAACCAUUUGAAACAAAGAAAGGAAUCGCUCUGUGCUGCCUGUUCUUCUGCAGAAACAAACUAUUACUGUUUCAUGAAAAACAAGAUUCCACUACAACAGGAGAUGUAGAGUUUUUACAAAAUGUCCUGAAAGGAUGAUUUCUGAUUUCAGACCAGUGUUUGAUUCUGCAGAGUUACAGUGAAUGCAGACGGCUUUAGGAGGCUUUUGCUGAGGGUGUGAUAGUUUCUCAAAACCACAACAGAGGUGACGAGUGAAACGUUACUGUGACCCAAAGUCGGGGUGGAGUCGAUUAUAAGAAUAUCGGGUUAAAAAUACUAGCUUUUCUUCUUUUAAAUGUUUUUUAUUUAAAAGCAACAUGGAGCUGCUCUGAUUUGUCUUUCUGAAGUUCUACUGCGCUGCAUGUCAGUAAAUGCCCCCCCACACUGUCUGUACUGGUAGAAGUCCGGAUGUUAUGAUUUCCCUGAAUCUCGGUGACAGUGAAGGGGCCUUACUCUGGAGCGCCCUCUGCUGUCAGAAGAUGAGACAAAGGUUGUCAGAGGAACGCUUUUCAAAAACAACCACCACAAAACCGUAAGAUAACGGACUAAAAUGUACAAUACUGUUCAAGUGUUUGCUUUUACUUUUUCGUAAAUUCAAUAUAAUAAAUAAGUUAAUGGCU